AUGGCGGCCAACAUGGCGAUUUGUCACAUUAAGAAGAAUCUAACGGCAUUGAGGCAAUAUCCUCGCGUAGCUUUGAACAACAUAAGAGAUUUACCUGAAGCAUUCAAAGCGCAACACCGUAAAGGACGUGGUAGAGGAUCUGGACGUGGAAAGACUUCUGGACGUGGCCACAAAGGACAGGGUCAACGAAAUACAAAACCUAGGCUUGGAUUUGAAGGAGGCCAAACACCUCUUUAUCUUCGUGUCCCAAAGCAUGGCUUCAAAAACAUCUUCCAAACAGCUGUGAUAUGGGUAGAUGAGACCUCUGAACUUAAACCGCCUUCAGUUCUUCAUAGACAGUGGCCGUCUAAACCCCAAUGCUCCCAUCACCAUGUAUCAUCUUUGGAGAUCAGGAGUUACUGGAGGAAGAAUAAAGGAUGGGGUUGUAUUGCUGGGAGGGGCAAAGAUUAUUUUGACCUUCAACCGUCAUGGUUUGACACUCUAUCCCAAAACGCUGGAUGUCUUCAAGUUGAAAACGUUCCAGUUAAAGGAAAAGAUCUUGAAGCCAUGAAGAAUGCUAAAUCAAAUUCAAAGGCCCCCACAGCUGAGCCAGCUAAAGGCAAAGAUUAUUUUGACCUUCAACCAUCAUGGUUUGACACUCUAUUGGGAAACGCUGGAUAUCUUGAAGUUACAAACGUUCCAGUCAAAGCGAAUGAUCUUGAGGCCAUGAAGAAUGUCGGAUCAAAUGUAAAGGCCUACACUGAGCCAGCUAAAGAUCAUCGUCAAUGUGGGCGACACAGUCUUUUAUCUUUUUAAUUCUUCAAUAACUUCAAAGCUGGGCGUCGUUUGUUACUUUGAGUUCAUUAUAUUUCAUUGUC